GCCGCAGUAACAAAAGGAAAACCUGCAUUUUCGAAGUUCAUGACCUAUGCAAAGGUAGAAAUGCGCCCGCCAACACUUACCGAUUUCAAUCUUGCACUUGCGGAGGCAAAUAGUUUAAUUGCUGAGGGUUUUCUUGACGCUAUUGUAACCUUGGAGGUUCUUGCGUGGUUCUUUGUCGGCGAGAUUAUCGGUCGAAGAAGUAUUAUAGGUUACAGCAGAGUUCCUGGAGGAUAUAUUAAGGCGCUGGUCAUCAGUUUCAGCUUGAACAACUAUUAG